CAGACCAUUCUGGCAUACAAAUUAGAACAAUGUUUGAUGAAGAGCUGUAAACUUCCCUUUGGGCACUGGUGAGAGUUAUUGCUGUCUUCUCUGGGACGGAAGCAAAAGGCUCAGAGUGCAGCAGUUCUGCCAUCUAAGACAGGAGACACGUCUCCUGAACAGAAAUUGCACCCUGAUAGCUAUUUAUCCUCUGUGGAGUUUGGCUUAUGUACAGUUGGUGAAGAGGGGUCAGCACAUGUAAUGCUCAAAAAUACCAAAACGUGCACAUCCUGGGGAAAGUUACAGGCUUUACUCCUCUAAAUCCUGAGAAAUUUGCUGAAUUAACGUCUGCCUAAAAGACAGUCUCCAGUGUGUUGCCUUAGCCUUCUGUAUAAUCUUGCAACGAUCUUGUGUUAUUUCCUGUAAGUUUGGUACUGACAAACAUUGGGCCUUAGUUGCAGCUCCACCCAGACAAAGGACCCAUGUGGCCCAGCGUCCCGUGUCCAUCAGUGUUCUAAAGGUAAUGCUUAGGCACAAGUAUGAGAACAGGUGAAGUGUAUCAUGGUUAUUCUCAAGAACAGGAUAUUUCUCUAAGCCAUACGUGUCUCUUCAUGGCUCCUGUAGUAAUCAGGCCCUGAACCAGUAAGCAAAAACUUCAGCAAUGCUAUUCCAAGGUUAGCUAGAAAAAAACCCCAGCAUUGGCAAUAAACUUCCUAUUUUCUCUAAACUGUAGCACAGGUUUCUGCAACCUUUCUCCAAGAGUGCAACUGUGUUUGAGACAAAAGAAGGUGUUAGUCUCCAUGACCCUACAAGACAUUGCACCAUGGGGUAAAUGUCUUUUUGGCCUUAGCUCAAGUGUCCUUUUUUUUGGUGUCUUAAUUCUAGCAUGCUGGAUGAAAGACAGUGCUACCCUGCCUAAUUUGUACUCAUAACAAUCUGUCUUUAAUACCAUUAUCUUUAAUCCUGUCGCAAUUAUAUUUUCCAUAGUUCUGUCAUCUGGCUCCUGAUACCUAGAAAAGAUAAGCAGAGUGUUGUGUCAGUCCUUGCUGUUAUCUUGCAGACAGAGGGAUCUGAGAGAGGCACGUGCCUGCUGCACACAGCCCAGCGAUGAGUGAGACCCCAGCUGCCAACCUCAACACUGGAGAUGCUCCAACUGGUCCCACCACACCACGCAAGGGGCCUCCCAAGUUCAAGCAGAGACAGACAAGGCAGUUCAAGAGCAAGCCCCCCAAAAAAGGAGUAAGAGGGUUUGGAGAUGACAUCCCAGGCAUGGAGGGGCUGGGCACAGAUAUCACCGUGAUUUGCCCAUGGGAAGCUUUCAGCCAUCUGGAACUGCACGAGCUGGCCCAGUUUGGGAUCAUCUAA